UAUAUAAUAAAUCACUUCAUUUUAUUCUUCGUGGACCUAGCAUCAUAUUUUUGGCGUUAGAAGUCUUAAGAGUGACAUUAUACUUCCUACUUGAUGAUUAUUCGGCGCUAUAGUUUCAUUCGCCAGUUAUCAACGUUCAAUCAACUAGAAACCCUUUCCCCACAAAUUCAAGAACUCGAAUUUACCCGCCAAAAUGUGAUUCUUACAGAGGAAUUGUGUACCCAAAUUUUGGAUUCAUACCCAGAUCUCAAAACAUUGAAAAAACUUCAUGCCAACAUACUAACCCACCAUAAUCUUCAUUCAAGUUCUUGUAUUCGGCUAAAAUUGAUCAGGGCUUAUGCGGGUUUUCGUUUAUUGGGCAUUGCACGCCAUCUGUUCGAUGAAAGUCCUGAAAGAAAUGUUAUAUUUUUCAAUGUUAUGAUCAGGAGCUAUGUGACCCACCAACAGUACCUUGAUGCUUUAAGGGUGUUUAAGAGUAUGUCUAUGGUUGGAGUUAGACCUGAUCAUUAUACUUACCCGUGUGCUUUGAAAGCUUGUUCUGGGUCUGAGAAUUUGUGGGUUGGUAGGCAAAUUCAUGCUGCUGUGUUUAAAGUUGGGCUUAACUUGAAUUUGUUUGUUGGGAAUGGAUUAGUUUCUAUGUAUGGGAAGUGUGGUUGUUUGAUUGAUGCUAGGAAAGUUCUUGAUGAAAUGCUUGUAAGAGAUGUCGUUUCUUGGAAUUCAAUGGUUGCUGGGUAUGCACAGAAAGGGCAUUUUGAUGACGCCUUGAGAAUUUGUAGAGAAAUGGAGUCAGUGGAGUUGAAUGCAGAUGCUGGCACUAUGGCAAGUUUGCUUCCAGCUGUUACUAACACUUCUUCUGAAAAUGUUGUUUUUGUCGAGAAAAUGUUUGAGAAGAUGGCUAAGAAGAGUUUGGUAUCUUGGAAUGUAAUGAUAGCUGUGUAUGUGAAUAAUUCCAUGGCUGCAGAAGCCAUUGAUCUUUACUCUCAAAUGGAAGAUAAUGGAAUUGAAGCAGAUGGGGUUACCUUUACGAGUAUUCUUCCUGCUUGUGGUGAUCUUUCUGCUUUUUCAUUAGGAAGGAAGAUUCACAAACAUGUUGAAAGGAGAAAACUUCUUCCAAAUUUGUCCUUGGAGAAUGCAUUAAUCAACAUGUAUGCCAAGUGCGGUUGCUUAAAGGAAGCAAGGGAAGUGUUUGAUACGAUGGAGAUUCGUGAUGUAGUUUCUUGGACUUCUAUGAUUUCUGCUUAUGGUGUUAGUGGACAAGGUCACGAAGCUGUUUCCCUCUUCUCAAGAAUGAGAGAGGAGCGAUUAACUCCUGAUUCCAUUGCAUUUGUUGCUAUUAUGUCAGCUUGCAGUCAUUCAGGGAUGUUGGAAGAAGGGCAGCAUUACUAUAAACUAAUGACUGAGGAGUACAAUAUACCCCCUAGGUUAGAGCAUUAUUGUUGCGUAGUUGAUCUCUUAGGACGGGCAGGGAGAGUGGACGAGGCUUUCUCUUUUAUUAAGGAGAUGCAAGUUGACCCAAAUGAAAGAGUAUGGGGAGCUCUAUUAGGUGCUUGUCGUGUCCAUUCCAACAUGAAAAUUGGGCUAAUAGCAGCUGACAAUCUUUUUAAAAUGGUACCUGAACAGGGUGGAUAUUAUGUGUUGCUAUCUAACAUUUAUGCUAAAGCAGGGAAGUGGAAGGAAGUUAGCACAAUCAGGUCACUGAUGAAGGACAAAGGCAUGAACAAAACGCCAGGCAUUAGUAAUGUGGAGCAUCAAGGUCAGGUUUAUACAUUCCUAGCAGGGGACAGAUCACAUCCACAGUCUAAAGAAAUUUAUGAUAAACUGCAUGUGUUAAUGGGGAAAAUGAAGGAGGAAGGUUAUGUUCCAGAGAUGGAUUUUGCUCUUCAUGAUGUAGAGGAGGAGGAUAAAGAAGGCCAUCUUACCGUUCACAGUGAAAAGUUGGCGAUAAUGUUUGCCCUUAUAAAUAGCAGACCACCAACACCUAUCAGAAUUACUAAGAAUCUUCGCAUUUGUGGAGAUUGCCAUGUUGCAAUCAAGCUCAUAUCCAAGGUCACUAAACGGGAAAUAAUUGUUAGAGAUACCAAUAGGUUUCAUACCUUCAAGAAUGGGGGUUGUUCUUGUGGUGAUUAUUGGUGACUACAUACGAAAUUGUGUUCAACCUUUCAGCUUCAGUAAAAACAUUUUAUUCAUUGGUAUAUAUACAAAGUAGCGUGGAUCUCCCUGCAUCCAUCUUGAUUCUACUGGAAGCUUUUUGAAAUCUGUACAUGCAGCUAGGAUGUGUGGCUUGGAAUAUGUGAUGCUUUUCUUCUGUUAGGUAUUUAUUUUAAGUUGGCUAGUUUUAAAGAUAUUGUCAUUUUAUAUUCAAUCAUCAUCUGAAGAUCAAUAUAGCUGAAUGAAAUGAGCAGGGUAACAGGACAACUCAGAUGAUUACAGGAUUUACAGCUGUGAGGAACUUAGGAAGUUAGGAGCAAUAUCAACAUUGGGGUACAGAGAAUGGAGUCUUGUUCAUUAAUGACAUGUUGAAUUUACUGAAUUCCUCAUUCAGCUUUUACAUAAAUCUAAUUUCUCUUUCAAUAUGAGGGAUGUUUGGGACUGGAAUUAAUUGGGAGGGAACACACAGCCAUUCAAGAAUGGGAGAGGAGCAUAUCUAUAGCCCUGUAGCGUCAACCUGCACCCUUCAUGGAUAGUUACACAGCAGCUAAAGCCUAUAGGGCUUCGGCUGUGCUGGCACAUGGAGACUUAUAUGUAGCACCAACUUAAUAACCUGAUCCAAAGCAUUUGCUGACGGAAAAGAUGUAAGGCGGCCGAACCCCUCAGCUAAACUUAGCUGGCCACUGCAACCCAAGCAAUCCUGGAAGUUGCAGCUCGAUUGGGAAUGAUAUUGCAGCCUGUCAAAG